AGUGACAGAAUCGGACGACGUUGAGCAGCAACAGAUUCUCUUCUUCUCAACAAUACCAGCUACUUUACUUUUGGUUUAUCCAAAAAAAAAAACUGGAUAUGUUAUGGAUCUAGGAGAGGUUGAACGUUGCCGUGUGAUCGGCGAUUAUAUCCUCGGCCCCAAAAUUGGGUCGGGUUCUUUCGCCGUCGUGUGGCGCUCCAGACAUCGGUAUCUGGGUUUGGAGGUCGCCGUGAAGGAGAUCAACAGAAAGCACCUCUCCCACAAGGUGAACGAUAAUCUGCUCAAGGAGGUUUACAUUCUCAGCAACAUCAGGCACCCCAACAUUAUUCGUCUUCAUGAAGUCAUCGAGGCUGAUGACAAAGUUUAUUUUGUUCUGGAGUACUGUGGUGGUGGUGAUCUUUCUGCUUACAUUCAUCGUCACGGAAAAGUUUCGGAAGCCCUGGCGAGGCAUUUUAUGAGGCAAUUGGCUUCUGGAUUGAAAGUGCUCCGAGAAAACAAUCUCAUACAUAGAGAUUUGAAACCACAGAACCUUCUUUUGUCAACCAAUGAGGAAACUCCAGUUUUAAAGAUUGGAGAUUUUGGUUUUGCUAGGUACCUAACACCUCAAGGGUUGGCGGACACAUUAUGUGGUUCACCAUUAUAUAUGGCUCCUGAGAUCAUUCAGAAUCAAAAGUAUGAUGCGAAGGCUGACUUAUGGAGUGUUGGAGCAAUUCUGUUCCAGCUGGUGACUGGAAAACCACCAUUUGAUGGCAAUAAUCAGUUCCAGCUUUUCCAGAAUAUUUUGACAUCUAAUGAGCUGCGGUUUCCUCAAGGAGCUUUAGUAGAACUACAUCCUGAUUGUGUAGACCUCUGUAAAAGCCUUUUACGCCAAAACCCAGUUGAACGACUAACAUUUGAGGAGUUCUUCAAUCACAGGUUUAUGGCAAUGACAAGGCCGACGAUGGAUGUUGAUCAUGCCUCUCUACUUCCAGAAAUGAAACCUCCAGUUGGGAAAUCUGAGUACUUUACAAAUGACAGAGUACCCUUUGCCUAUGAUACAAGGUCUCAUUUGCAUUCAAGACAUUUGCUGAAUACAUCUAACAGAAAUCCAAAGUCAACCUUUUCAUCUGAGGUCAAGAAACUAUUAUCUAGAAAAGAUAGCAUUUGCAAAGCAUCAUCAUCUAGUGGUAUUGAAGAUAUUUGUGGUUUUGAGCUAAAUUCUACAUGUGAUGGUGUAAAAGUAUCUGUAGAUGCUGAUGGCUUAAAUUCAUCAGAUUUGUGCAGCUUGAAGGUUGGAAGUCUGGACCAACAGCUUUGUGCCAUCAGUGUCUCAAAAGUUGCUGAUUCACUGGAGUCUAUUGAGAAAGAUUAUGUGCUUGUUAAUUCUCAUUUCGCUUCUAUGGAGACUCUCUCUUCUUCCCUCGAGGAAUCUCUGCAAGAUCAUUCAGCUCCAAGAGGAUUUUGCAUGCCAACAAAGAAGAUUGGCAAGAAUGUUUCUGUUGCAAUGCAAACUGGGAAGCUGGCUACUAGUUCUGCUGGGUGUGCAACAAGUCAAGGGAUCCAUGCCUCACUUCCAUUAGCAGGAGGAUCACAUGCAUCAACUGAAUUAAGGGAUGUCCAAGGAUCAUCUAAGUUGCAUCCUUCAACCAGGCUACGGCUAUUACAUCAGUAUGUUCAUGCUCUUUCAGAAUUAGCACAAGAAAAGCUUAAUGCAGGUAUGCUUCUUGAAUCUUUUGCUAUUGAACUGGUAGCUUUAGCUCUGUGGAAGGAAGCUAUUGGGUUGUGCGGCUAUUGCGUAGCCUCCACUGCAGAGGGAGAUUACCCUGGGAGUUGUUCAGCUACAUGUAUGCCUGAUGAGACAACUGCCUGCCUAUCUCUCUUCUUGGAGGACAGUAUUGACUGCAGCUGUCCUUCCUCUGUUUCCGAGUGGGCUGAACGAGGGUUCAUUGUUGCAUUGGAUCGUGCAGAGAAUUUAUCAAAUCGACUUUGUGAUAUAGAUGGUGGUGUGGAAAUGCCAGAUGCUAUGGAAAUAAUAUUUCAAUCAGCUCUUGCUGCCGGAAAAAGUGGUGCUGUUGAUGAACUUAUGGGGAACAGGAGCAGUGCUGUGGUUUUGUACGUGAAAGCAAUGGUCCUGCUUUCAUUUAUUGUGGAGGAAGCGAUGUCACUGCCAUUGAAUCCACCAUUUUCACUAACUGCAGUUGAUGAACAGCGAAUACGGAGAUACAUUUUCAUCCUGAAAGGCCAUCAGACCAACUCCCAAACACUGCAAUGACCCCAAAAAUAUCCUGGGGGCUCUUUUCUAUUUCAGUUUCAUGGACAGCUGUCAAAUAGUACAGGCCGUCUCUGGAAUAUGGUCACAAGCAUAAUUGAUAUUCUAACUUCAUGUAGAGAUGAGACUAAAGUGACUUUGAAAUAGCUCAAACUGAAGCAUAUUACUGACGAUCUAAAGUGACCUGAUGACUGACUGUAUAUGAGCUCUUGUAGAUAAUGUUGUCUAUUCUUUAGAUGUAAA